AUGGCGGUUAGCAAUGGCACGCACAUAUUUACAUACUUUUGGAUUUUUGGUCUAAUCAACAACAUUCUCUACGUUGUCAUACUAUCGGCAGCAGUUGAUAUAGUUGGUCCAAGUUUGCCCAAAUCACUAGUUCUGUUGGCAGACAUACUGCCUUCUUUGAUAAUCAAAGUCCUUUCUCCUUUUUUUAUUGAAUAUAUUCAAUACCACCACCGAAUUAUCUCCCUUAUUCUACUAAGUUCUUCGGGGAUGAUUCUAGUUGCAACAACUAAUCUAAAACUUUGCCUCCUGGGGAUUACCCUAGCAUCACUUUCGUCUGGGUUUGGGGAAGUAACAUUCCUUCAACUGACCUUUUAUUACAAAAAGGUUUCAUUGAAUGGUUGGUCAAGUGGAACUGGAGCAGCCGGGCUGCUUGGAAGCGGUGGUUAUCUGCUAUUGACUUCGAUAUUUAAGGUUCCAAUCAGAAUCUCAUUGUUAGUUUUUGGGAUACUAUCUUUUGGAUUCUUACUUUAUUUUAAGCUAGAUGCCAAUGAAUACCAAGGUUUACAGGGCGAGGAAACCUUAGUCGAAGAGCAAAAUGUGGAGGACCUCCACGAAAUUGAUCCUGUGGUUUCAUCGGCAUUACCAGAUUAUGAGAGUGUAGUAUUUUUCUCAAAUAAAACAAACCGACUUAAGACUCAUGUAAUUGCAACCUGCAAGAAAUUGAGAACAUUGAUUAUUCCCUAUAUGUUACCCCUGACAACUGUAUACCUUUUUGAGUAUUUGAUCAAUCAAGCGGUAUCUCCUACAUUAUUAUUCCCAUUAGAUCCUAACUCACGUUCUCCUUCCACCCCAUUUUUUUUCCACAAAUAUAGAGACAUUUACGUGACAUACAGUACUUUAUAUCAACUAGGUGUAUUUAUUUCCCGAUCAACAGCUCAUUUGGUAAGAAUGAGAAGAUUAUAUGUAUUGUCGUUUCUUCAGGUUAUCAAUUUUAUGUUAACCUUGUUACAGUCUUGGUUUUUCGUGCUCAAAACACCUUGGUUGUUAAUGAUACUAAUAUUUUAUGAGGGUUUACUGGGGGGAUCAUCGUAUAUUAACACUUUUCUGAAUAUAUUGGAGGAUCUUGAUAUAACGAUGACCGAAUUCGCGUUAGGUGCUGUUUCUAUUGCAGAUUCAUUUGGUGUAUUCUUGGCAGCAUUAAUAGGUUUGGCAUUGGAACCAUCUUUAUGCAGGCAUCAAUUAGAUGAUGGUCGUCCUUGGUGCAGAAUGGAAUAA